AUGAUUUCGAAAACAUUGCUGUUCUUACUGAUAAGUCCUCUGCUUUCAAAAGCUUUCAUGAAGCAAUCGAUUGGAAUCAGAGGGGUUCUUCGUAGUGGAUCAAAACCACUUAGGGAUCAUGCCGUGAAGUUGUAUGUAAGUAAAAUAGCUCCAUUUUCCGAUGUACUGGUUGCGAGCAACAGGACAGAUUCUAAUGGAUUGUUCUACCUUAUUGGAACAACAGCUCGCAUACCUCUAAUGACCCAAUAUCUUGUUGUCGAGAAUGAUUGCAGUGGAAAGGAGCAGAAAGUUGAGCUUCCGAGUUCGUUGGAGGACCUGCCAAGUUCAAAGGAACCGUCAGUGAUCAGUGACGUCGGUGUUAUAAACCUGGCAAUCUCGCUGUCACGAUGA